AGUGACUGGGAAGCGGCGCGGGUGUCGAGAGGGAAAGACUAGGCGAGGCGGGGCGGGCGCCGGGUUUCCCGCGGUCGGAGGAGACUCGCUCUUAAAGGGCCAGCGCGCGCGUCCUUUUGUUCCGCGGCCGCCGGGCGGGGUAGGCCCAACUUUCGCUGUCUCCUUGUCUACUCUUCCGAACGCCUAUGAUUUCCCAGUUCUUCAUUCUGUCCUCCAAAGGGGACCCGCUCAUCUACAAGGACUUUCGCGGGGACAGUGGUGGCCGGGAUGUGGCUGAGCUCUUCUACCGGAAGCUGACGGGACUGCCCGGAGACGAGUCCCCGGUUGUCAUGCACCACGAUGACCGUCAUUUUAUUCACAUCCGACACAGCGGCCUCUAUUUGGUAGCCACGACUUCAGAAAACAUUUCUCCCUUCAGCCUCCUAGAGCUGCUGUCCCGCUUAGCCACUCUCCUGGGCGAUUACUGUGGCUCCCUGGGUGAGGGGACCAUCUCCCGCAACGUGGCUCUUGUCUAUGAACUCCUGGAUGAAGUGCUGGAUUAUGGCUAUGUACAGACCACAUCCACAGAGAUGCUGAGGAACUUCAUCCAGACAGAGGCCGUGGUCAGCAAGCCUUUCAGCCUCUUUGACCUCAGCAGCGUUGGCUUGUUUGGGGCCGAGACCCAACAGAGCAAAGUGGCCCCCAGCAGCGCAGCCAGCCGCCCCGUCCUGUCCAGCCGCUCCGACCAGAGCCAAAAGAAUGAAGUGUUUUUGGAUGUGGUGGAGAGAUUGUCCGUACUGAUAGCAUCUAACGGCUCGCUGCUGAAGGUGGAUGUGCAGGGAGAGAUCCGACUCAAGAGCUUUCUUCCCAGCGGCUCCGAGAUGUGCAUCGGCUUGACAGAAGAAUUUUGUGUGGGGAAGUCAGAACUGAGAGGUUAUGGGCCAGGAAUUCGGGUAGAUGAGGUCUCAUUUCACAGCUCGGUGCAUCUGGAUGAGUUUGAGUCUCAUCGAAUCCUCCGCUUGCAGCCACCUCAGGGCGAGCUGACUGUGAUGCGGUACCAACUCUCAGAUGACCUCCCCUCCCCGCUCCCCUUCCGGCUCUUUCCCUCUGUGCAGUGGGACCGAGGCUCAGGCAGGCUCCAGGUUUAUCUGAAGUUACGAUGUGACCUGCCCCCAAAGAGCCAGGCUCUUAACGUCAGGCUGCAUCUUCCCCUGCCACGAGGGGUGGUCAGCCUAUCUCAGGAGCUGAGCAGCCCAGAGCAGAAGGCAGAGCUGGGUGAGGGAGCCCUUCACUGGGACCUGCCUCGGGUGCAAGGAGGCUCUCAGCUCUCAGGCCUUUUCCAGAUGGAUGUCCCAGGCCUCCCUGGCCCUCCCGGCCAAGGGCCCUCCACCUCGGCCCCUCCUCUGGGGCUGGGCCCCGCAAGCCUCUCCUUUGAACUUCCCCGGCACACAUGCUCCGGCCUCCAGGUUCGCUUCCUCAGGCUGGUGUUCAGACCCUGCGGAAAUGCCAACCCCCACAAGUGGGUGCGACACCUAAGCCACAGCGAUGCCUAUGUCAUUCGGAUCUGAGGCUCCCCACACGAGGACGCAGACAGCAAAGGCAGUGGUCUGUGGAUUGGCAGGACAAGACUGUCUCUUCCAGCCUUCUGGCCCAUGGCUAUGCAUCUGGCUGGAAGAGUCCUGAGUCCUAGAGACCAGGUGGGCUUGACUGGUUGGACCCUCCUGUGGUAUCUAACCUAGGAAGGACUGAGGUGGAUCAGAACUUACAAAUCAAACUUUUAUUUUGGGGAACUGGCUGUACAAUAUCUAAAAAGAAAGUAAUGUGGGGG